GGAGAGAGAGAGACCGAGAAGGAGCGAGAGAGGAGUCGGUGAAAAGACAAGUACAAGCGGCGAGUGGGACUCCAUCCAGAGACAAGGAGGUGGAGAAGAAAGCGUCUCCGCCAGUGGACACUCCCACACAUGAAGCAGUGAAAGCAAGAUUGAAGACAAACAAAAAGAACAAGCGGUCAGACAUCCGAGGAGGAGGAGGAGGAGAAGAAGGAGGAGGAGAAAAAACGGGGAUUCAAGUGACUUUCUGCGUGAGUCGGCGCACACGUGUCCUCUCGACCGCGUGACUGAGCAGGGAGAGGCGGGGCAACUCGGUAGCAGACCUUGGCGUCGCACGCUGAUGAUGACGAGGAGGAGGAUGGGCGAGCCGGACUUGCUGCUGCUGCCGCUGCUGCUGCUGCUGCCGCUGGCGGCGGCGUUGGAGGUCCCGCUCGAUCGUAAGACGCCACAACCAAGCACGCAGCAUGAGACGGGUGUCAAUUAAUAGAUAUGAAAUUGAAUACAAAUACCGUAUUUUCCACACUAAAAGGCGCACUGAAUUAUGAGGCACACCUUCAAUGAAUGGCAUAUUUUGUAAUAUUUUUUUCAUACAUUGGGGCACACCGCAUUAUAAGACGCAAUGUACAAUGCAUCCACUAGAUGGAGCUACGCUCAAGCAAACGGCAACAGAACGAUGAAAUGUCAGUAAAACUUAUUUAAUAAAGCAGCGCCACAGUUAUAAUGUUUGUGACCAAACAUUUUUUUAACCCUUUCAUGCACAAAUAAUGAUGAUCUACAUCAUGAUUUUUUUUUUCUCAAGUGUUUUUAUUCAUCUUUAGGCAUGCAAAAAAUAAAUAAAAUCAUGACAACACACAUAAGGGUCCAUUAUCGUGGUUGAUACACAACUGUGACAUUAAGAUGAAUGAAUAAUAGAGAAAAAAACAACUCUCAAAUGCUCCUCCAUUUUCACCUCUCUUCUCCUCACGGCGGCUAAUUCAGCCCGGUCAACUCCAAUGGCAGCCAAUCAGCGUAUGCUAAACAAGCCCAAACAAAAUGACAGCCAAUGUCCGCCUCAGCCUGUGACUGAUGUUUGUUUCCCCAUCCUCAACUGCUCGAACACAGGAAGCCAACACAUAAAAAGGGAUAUUAUAAAAAGACAACCCAUCUACAGAAACAAAAAAGUUAGAGAUUAAAAUUAAAUUAACGCGAUUAAAACAACAUAAUGCGCUAAAUUAUUCGCAAUUGCCGUGAUCAAUUGACACCUCCAAAUAUGCAUUUUCUUGUGUGUUAGUUUUCCAGGUCAACAGUUGGAUUGUGCUUGUUUUUAAAAAAAAUUUUUUUAGCCAUUUCAUUUAUUGAGUAUCGCCAUUGGAGAACCACUUUGCAGGAUUCAUUAAGUCAUAACUCUCCCAACUGCAAGAUGGAGAAAUUGCAUCAUUUCCACACUAACGUUUGGUUCUCUUUAUUGUGAUUUAUUGCUGAUUCUUUCGGGGAAAAGUUCUGGAAAGAUUGCCGCAGCCCCCGACUAUCACACUACAGUCCCCCAAGGAUUACAUCAUCGACCCCCGGGAGAACAUUAUCAUCCACUGUGAGGCUAAAGGGAAGCCUCAUCCCAGUUUCUCCUGGACGAGAAACGGCACCCACUUUGACCUGGAGCAGCACCCCAACGUGCACAUGAGGGCCCAUUCGGGAACAUUGGUGGUGGACAUCAGCAGGGAGCGGGCGGAACACUACGAGGGCACGUACCAGUGCACGGCCAGGAACAAACACGGGACCGCUGUCUCCAAUGACAUCGUGCUGCGCCAACCCAGGUCGCCUUUGUGGUCCAAAGAGAAGCUCAAGCCAAUCAUCAUUCAGGAGGGCGUGUUCUUGGUGUUGCCAUGCCGACCUCCCGCUGGCUUUCCUCCCCCGAUUGUCUUCUGGAUGGACAACAACUUCCAGCGGUUGCCCCAAAGCAACAGGGUGUCCCAGUCGUUGAACGGAGACCUUUACUUCGCCAACGUGCUUCGCGAGGACUCCAGGAACGACUACAUCUGCUACGCCCGUUUCCCGCACACGCAGACCAUCCAGCAGAAGCAGCCCAUCGCCGUCAAGGUCCUCAACCUGGACGCGAUCAAUGAUACAAUGGAAGCUUUUUACAAUGACACUGAUUUAUUUAGUGAAGAGCCGGUGGAUGAGAGGAAGCCCACGUUCCUCCUCCCGUCUGAACCGUCCAGCUCCAAAAUUGUGCUCCGGGGUCAGGUGCUGGAGAUGGAGUGCUUUGCGGAAGGCCUCCCCACCCCUGUAAUCUCCUGGGCCAAAGUGAGCGGCGAGCUCCCAGGCACGCGCACCUCUUUCCUGCAUCACCAGAAAAUCUUGCGUAUCGUCAACGUGUCGGAGGAAGACGCGGGCGACUACCGGUGCACCGCCAGGAACCACCUGGGCUCAGUCCACCACACCAUUCAGAUCACGGUCAAAGCCGCUCCAUACUGGAUCGGCGCCGCUCCCAGAAAUCUCGUCCUGGCCCCAGGAGAGAAUGGGGUGCUGAUGUGCAGAGCCAGCGGCACACCUAAGCCAAGCAUCCAAUGGGCCAUGAAUGGCGUCCCCAUCGAAAAUGCCCCAAAAGACCCCAGCCGCAAAGUGGAAGACGACACCAUCAUCUUCACUGACGUGCAGAUGGGAUCCAGCGCCGUGUACCAGUGUAACAUCUCCAACCAACACGGCUACCUCCUGGCCAACGCCUUUGUUAACGUCUUGUCCGAGCCCCCCAGAGUGCUGACACCGGCCAACACAGUCUACCAGGUCAUCAAGAAUCGCCAAGCCCUGCUGGAGUGCACUUCCUUCGGCUCGCCCAUCCCCAAAAUUACCUGGUUCAAGGAGAGUCAUUUCGGCACGCUAGACGACGAGACGUAUAAGGAGCACGACAACGGCACUUUGGAAAUCCGUAUGGCUCAGCCUCGGAAUAGCGGAAAGUACACCUGCGCGGCGCGGAAUUCUCUCGGUAUCUAUGAGAAUCACGUGCACCUGGAAGUCAAAGAACCGACCCGCAUCCUGAAGCAGCCCGAGUACCGAAUGGUGCAGCGCGGCAAGUCCGUUGUGUUUGAGUGCAAAGUCAAGCACGACCCCUCGCUCGUUCCCACCAUGACGUGGCUCAAAGAUGACGGGGAGCUGCCCGACGACGAGAGCAGAUUCGUGGUGGACGUCGACAGCCUCACGAUCGCCGACGUGAUGGAGAGUGACGGCGGCGUAUACACGUGCGUCAUGAACACAACGCUGGAUCACGAUUCGGCCAGCGCCGAGCUCACCGUCGUUGAGGCCACGCCGACGCCGACCGUUGGCAACGAGCGACCCGACCCCCCGACCGACCUGGAGCUGACGGACCACAAAAAGAGGAGCGUUCAGCUCACCUGGAUUCCUGGCGAUGAGCACAACAGUCCUAUUGAGAAAUUUUUGAUCCAGUAUGAGGACUCGCUUCACCACCACAGAGGUCACUGGCACCACCUCACUGAGGUCGGCGGUACCGAGACCACAGCUCACCUGAAGCUGUCGCCCUAUGUUCACUACACCUUUAGAGUCCUUGCUGUCAAUGCCAUGGGCAGCAGCCGACCCAGUUUCCCCUCUAAGAUGUAUAAGACCGAGCCUUCAGCUCCAGAUGAGAAUCCAACAGGUGUACAUGGUUUUGGAACAGAACAUGACAAUCUUGUCAUUUCAUGGAAGCCGCUCUCAGGCCUCCAGGCCAAUGGGCCGGGACUCCAUUACAGAGUGAUGUGGAGACGGAAGAUGAUGGACACCGAGUGGAUGAUGGCGACCGUAGCCAACAACUCCAAAUUUGUGGUGUCCGGAACACCCACAUUUGUUCCGUACGAGCUCAAAGUUCAGGCUGUGAAUGACUACGGUGCAGCGCCCGAACCCGCCGUUGCCUUCGGCCACUCUGGAGAGGAUCUGCCGGCCGCCGCUCCAGAAUCUGUGCUGGUGUACGUGUUAAACAGCACACUGGCCGAAGUCCACUGGGAACCCGUGCCUCAAGAACAAAUACGUGGAUACCUCAAAGGGUACAAGGUGUAUUACUGGCGAGAGCGCAGUCUGCACAAACAUAACCCCCAUCACGCGGAGAAGCAGAUCCUAACCUUCAGCGGCAACCACAGCAAAGGAAAGCUGCCUGGCCUGCACCCCUUCAGUCUCUACUCAUUCAAUGUCAGGGCGUACAACGGCAAGGGAGACGGUCCCCCGAGUCGCAACCAACAGUUUGAGACCCCCGAAGGAGUGCCGGGAGCUCCUUCCUCCUUGAUGGUCACCAACCCCAAUUUGGACUCUUUAAGCCUUGAGUGGAACCCUCCUCGUGACCGGAACGGACUCCUUACGGGCUACACCCUCAAAUACCACCCAGUCAAUAACUCCAAUGAGCUGGGCCCAGAGGAGGAGCUGGCCCUGGCCGCCAAUGAGACCUCAGUCACUUUGCUCAACCUCAAGUACAGCACGCGCUACAAGUUUUAUUUGAAUGCCAUAACGCGCAAGGGGCCUGGCCCGGCCGUUACGCAGGAGGCGAUCACCGUCGUGGAUGAAGCGCCGGCGGCCAGUCCUUUUGGCAGCGUUAACUCCUCCAGGGGAGAGGACGGCACCCUGAUCACUUGGGAGUACUGGGGCCCGGAGAGAAACAUUUAUUUAGAAUACAUAGUGGAGAACAGUGAAGGCGAAGACGAGUGGCGCAAAGAGCUGGUGAACAGCUCUCAGAACUUUAUGCUCAGGGGCCUGAAGGAGGGCCUCUCCUAUAGGGUGCGCUUGGUGGCCCAAGGUCACGCCGACCAAGAGCCCCACCGCUCCAAGGAGCUCACGGUGACGGUGCCAGCUGUGGCUAGUCGACAGGUGGACAUCGCCACGCAAGGUUGGUUCAUCGGCCUCAUGUGUGCCAUCGCCCUCCUCAUCCUCAUCCUCCUCAUCAUCUGCUUCAUCCAGAGGAACAAAGGAGGCAAAUAUCCAGUCAAAGAGAAGGAGGACGCUCACACAGACCCGGAGUUCCAGCCGAUGAAAGACGAAGAUUGCACUUUUGGGGAAUACAGCGACAAUGAGGACCAUAAACCCUUAAAAGGGAGCCGCACACCAUCGAGUGGCACGGUUAAGCGGGACGGCAGUGACGACAGUUUAGUAGACUACGGGGAAGGAGGAGACGGCCAGUUCAACGAGGACGGCUCGUUUAUCGGCCAGUAUAGCGGAAAGAGCGCCAGCCGCGACACCGCCGAGGGCCACGAGAGCUCUGAAGCGCCAUCCCCGAUUCACGCCAUGAACUCCUUGAACUCCUUCGUGUAGGCUCGCCAUCCUAAGCAGGAAAAAGAACAUGCGUGUUGUCACCGGGGGAAACCUUCAGAGAUAAGCUCUUAGGAAGGCGAAAACCCAACGCCUUGACCAUGAACAAGACUCUCUUUGGACUCCAUUGACGUUUUCACCAUGACUUUUAUCUUUUUUCACCGCGACCUUUAUCUGACUAUUCAGGACAUCCACUCGAUUUAUAAAUCACUAAGGUAGCAGGCAGUUGCUUUUCUGCCACCUCAAAUUACCCUGGUGCCUAUCAUUUACUAACAUGAUAAAAAUGUCUGUCAGCUUGUAUGUUCAAAGCAUGACUCCCAUAUUGUUCUCUUCCCACGCAGACGCUUGUACAAGAAAUUAAUUGACAUGACUCAAGGCCCGCACCUUCGUAGUAUCUUCAUAGGAACAGUCCUGUGCAUUAGUCAAAGUACACGUUUCGAAUUGUGGUUUCAUUGAGCUUCAAUUGGCUUAAUUAGCAUGGCAUCGUCAUGAAUACGCUCUUAAAUCGAAGAGUGCACUCAUUCAUGUCAUUUACAAGCCUGUUCUUAUUCAUCCCCCAAAAAAUAGGGCAUGAGUUUUUGGGCUGGUUAGCUCACUAGCUAGCAAGUUAGUUAGUAACCCAUUAAGUCAGUCAGUCAGUUAGUUAGUUAGUGAGUUAGUUGUUCCUUUUUAUAUUCCUUCUUUCGUUGGCUCAUUAGUUCCUUUAUUUGUUCCAGUUGAGUUGGCAAGCAAGUUUGUCAUAUAGGCAUUAGCUAGUUAGCAUAAUUACAACAACAACAAAAAGACACCAGGCUCUUUAUAUUGGUGGUGUCAAUCAAAUGCUAAUCCUCCCGUUUCCUUUUAAAAUUGGUUGGUUGGUGAGCUAACUAGGCUUUAGUUGGUGCGAAAACUAUACAACCAUUUUGUCUUUUUCUAUUCUGUUUGUGAUAUUGUCGAGCUCGCUGUUUAGUUAGCACUCUAGCUACCUAUCUAUACAUAGCAAAACAAAACAACAACCAUUUUCUAAAAAAAACCAAAGGAGUGCUCCACAUUGCUAUUACUACACCUGUUUGGCGACCUAUCUACUGAGCUAGCUAGCUAGCUAGCUACCAUUUAGUGAGCUAUUUAGUUAGUAGCAAGGACCAGGCAAAAAUAUGUUUCAGAAAACUUUGUACAGAAGUGCAAAAAACACCAGACGAGGUUUGCGGUGAGUUUUUUAAAUUUUAUUUAUUUAUUUUUUUAGCGCGCCAGUCCAUUAGCCAGAAAAUUAGCAGGAAUACUUUGAGGUGCUCUGGGGUGGGGGAACCUUUCCAUAAGGAAAUGAGAUUUUCCUUUGUAAUGUUAAUGGAACGGCCCCCACCAAAUUCAUAAUGUCCAUCUGGCAUCCUUUGUCAACUAGGGAGCAGGCUGCUAACAAAAAUGGACACAAAUAUGCUUGGAAAAAAAACUACAAAGCUAGUGGUGACUUGACUUUUCCACAGUACUGUUCAUACAAAACAAGAGCAUUACAAGCAUGCUAUACGAAUGCAGCACUGGACUGUCCAUCCGCCUCAUGACCCGUUGCAUGGCAUGUUAAAUCCCCACCCGGCUUCGCUCCAGUGUGCGUCUGAAUGUGACCUUUGCUUUUUGGUGUGCUAGUGCCUUUACUUCAUACUGAGGGCCGUGCUACAUACAUGACGAAACAUGUUUGGAAAGCAGGCUCGGGCUGUCCUAAGUUCUGUGGCAUGAACUUUUCUAAGACAACCACAACAGAACACUUGGUUCGAGGUGGUUGUUUUUCUUUUGUCACCUUUUUUAAAAUACAUUUUAUUUGCAUAACCCCGGUAGCACGCAAAAAAAAAAACAUAAGCGAAAAACAUUAUUUUUAAACUGUUUUUUUUUGGUUCUUGACAGAAGUCAGUGCCCUUAACUUGUUUUUACUCCUGCCAAGGCAGUAUGGUUUUGUUUUUUUGUUUUCUUUUUUGUCGAGAGAUAAAUCUACAAUUUGGUGCAGAUCAAGGCUUUUUAUUUUUUUUAAAUGAUAAGGAGCAUAAUUCCUUAAUUGCUUCUAUGGUCAACAUAGUGGCGGUGAGGGGAUUUUCUGUGCAACGUACACACAGUGUAGAGAAUGAACUUCUCCCCCACAAAGCAAAAAUACUUUUACGUUUUAUGGGCACUUUUUUUUAAUGCUCACUCCUGCUAGAACACAACAGUCAUUAAAAAAAAAAGUGGAAACAAGAAAAUUUAAGUUUUUCCUCGGAAGAGAUCAGCAGUCUGCGGUGAUUGUUGAAACUUGAUUGUUUUAAGCUACAGAACAUUUUUUGAUGUUCCUCACUAGACCACAUUAAAAAUUAAAUCACAUCACGUUUAGGUCAUCGGAAUGUACGCAGCAUCCAUUUUCUACGAUCAUCACAAUAAUAUGUUGACUUGUACUAAUGACGCUUUUUGAGAGCCUUGAUACGGGAUCAAGGUUUCUUUUUUUCUUAACUUGCAUCAAGUUUGUCUUUCUUUUUAUUGUGAUGAUGAGGACUUGUAGAAUAUUUUGUUGAAAUAUGUAAAUAUACCCUCACGUGGAUUGUACAGGGCUUGCAAGUGAGGCGACGUUGUGCAUGAUUUCUAUUGUUCAUAGGACUGUAUUAAAUGUAGAGAAUAUAUCUAUAAAUAUACUGGAAUCAUUUUCUUGCUGUGCAUUGUGUACAUACUGUAUGUUUUUCUGUAAUGAACUGGACCGAUAGAAAUCAUAUACGAUUUUUUUUUCUCCCAGAUAUUGCUUGCCCGGGCUACACUGCUAAAGUUUUGUUUUCAACAAUAUUUCAGCUUGUUUUUGUAUUUAAGGAACAGAUUUGUACUAACCCAAUACUUUUGUUGUUUCGAUGUCAUUUCUUUUUCUGUUUCUUGAUAUGGGAGCUGUAUUAAAUGAAUAAACAAUCACUUUCCUCCAA